CCACCCCUCCCCUCCCUCCUUCCCUUCGUAGAUAUUUAUCUCGUCGGUCACCGAGGUAUUAUCCCCCCCCCCUCCUCUCUCACACGUACGUUCCGAAACUUGCCACAGCGCAACGACAAUCCCCGCAAGCGACCACCAACACCACCACCCCCUCAUCACCUCGACCAUAAAGUCAGUCGGGUUACCCUGGCCAAACGACUCUCUUCCCUCGUACCUCAUCGGACGCCUCUCUCCUGACCAAAGACGAAACCGUCCUUUCUGGCCUUUGAACAAACGAGACUCCAAACGCCAACGCCCUAUAUCCACAGCAACAGUUGACCCACCUUGACUGUUACUUCCCUCGCUCCUCAACUGUCUUCCUCGUCCUACUACUCCCCCCCUUGACACAGUCGGACAUUGACAUUGCCAGCACUAGCCCGCAUCACCCCGCCCAGAUUAAACGAUAUCAGCAAUCGUCUGUCAAGGCACACUAGUUCCAUCUCUCUCACAACCCUCCCCCCAUACAUAGUCACCACCCACCCACCACCACCACCACCCACACCACCUUCCUCCUCCUCCCCCUCGUUGGCACCUACAUUGCCAUCACAUCCUUUUGACCGCGCCCCUUCGUCGGAUCGAUCUCAAUCAUCCUUCUCGACGUGCAGCAGUCUCUCACCACCACCCUUCCACUUUGGAUCGACAUUGCAAUCUAAACCCUAGAGGGCACCCGUCGCCUUUGAGCGCACAACAGCAGCGAGCUUCCUGCCCAUUCAUCUCUUUGGCCCGUGCGUCGAUCACUCCCUUGGUCUGUGCGCCUCCCAACCACAGUCAGUCACCACCCAACGCGAGCCUUUCCCAGCUUCCUUCGUCGACAACCAACGACGACGACGAAGCCGACGACGACGACGACAACAACAACAGUGUCAUAGGAUCGUCCAAGUUGUGCGCCUUUCAGCACAUUUCCGACCCCAUCUUCGUCUCACAUGCUGAGCACGUUUGAAUCGCGUAUUUCUUUAUCGCCUAGUAGUGAAGAGUUAUCACCCUCGUUCAACUUGUUCUCCCUCGAAGAGGACUUCCCCGACCUCCCCGCCCUCUACAAGUCGCCCUCAAACGCCUUUGACGCUCUUGACCGUGACACCACCCCCAACUCUUUUACUCUCGACUGCAGCUCGGAAAGCCCGUCUGCACUUGCUACUUCGGAAGACGAGAGCAUCCCCUCCACUUCCUCCUACCUCCCCGCUGUCACUGCCAAGUCGUCGCUGGCUGACCCCGAGACAAACGCCUUUGUUGCUACGCUCGGCCGCAUCGACAUCAAGGACAUCGCCUCAGUUCCUCCCCUCUCUAUGAUCCCCCCUCCCUCGGGCCAUUCCAACAAGUCUUCCCCCACAAACUUUGCCUUCACCCUCCCUUACGACCGCCGCCCAACCAUGACCCCCGACUCUGCCACCGACAACUACGGCAGCCACAACGGCCAGUUCCACGGCUACUCUGGAUCUGUCCUGAAAGGCCGUGGCGACGACGACACUGCCGACACGCGCUUCCAGAACCCAUUCUCGCAGCCCGGUCAUCUCGAGUCGAUCAACGCCCACUCCUCUGUUGACCCCCACUUUGUCUCCGAGGGUGUAAACUACCAGGCAUACGGCUCGGCACCGCACAACGUUUCGUCGUUCCCCUACGUUGGGAUCCCCACCGCCGCCCUUACUCGCCCCGGCCAGUCGCUUUCGCGGCCACAGACCAGCGACGGUCUCCCCAGCUACCCAUCUCACCUGCCCGGCCAGGUGCCCCUCCCCAGUGCACGAACUCUUAUCCGUGACACCACUGGUCAGGUCAUGGCGCCUUACUCGUCGCGUCCUUACGGUUCCUUUGACCAGGCUUCCAGCCGCUACGUUGGGCUCGGCCUUGCCGCUCCCCCUUCGGCCGACAACGAGUUGCAGUUUGUUUCUCUUGCCGGACCUGCUCCGAAGAAGCGUUCUCGUCGUCGUUACGACGAGAUUGAGCGUAUCUACCCUUGCGAGUGGAAGGGUUGCGACAAGGCCUACGGCACCCUCAACCACCUCAACGCCCACGUCGCCAUGCAGAAGCACGGCGAGAAGCGCCUGCCAUCUCAGUUUAAGGAGAUGCGCAAGGAGUGGCGCCGCAAGAAGCGUGAGGAGGCGGCCGCCACGGCCAGCAAGGAGUACUCGCAGGCUGCCGCUGCAGCUGCCGAGACGACGGGCAAGCCCGGCUAUUCACAAGGUGCGGAUCAGUACGCCGCGCACGGCUCGUGGGGCUCUCGCCAGAGCCUCGGCGGAGAUGACUCGGUCGUGCCAUCCAUGUACCCCGGAGCCUACUCUGGUAGCAGCUCCGUCGGUACUCUGGAACCGGCCGACCCCUUCGGUCACCGUGGCUCGACUGGUUCGUUUUUGACCAGUGCGCCCACCUGGUCUGGUUCAGACACCCGACCUAACACUGCAAACACAGUUUCCUCCACUGGCUCUCCUACCGAUGGCCGCUUUGCCUACUCCGCUCCCUACUCGACUGGCGUUUCCGUUCAGUACGACUUUGGCCGUGCUACCGCCGGCUCGUACCACAAGGGCCAGUCGGGCCUCAGUAUCGCCAUCCAGCAGGACAGCGACUACUCGUCGUCGGCACCCCAGAGCGGUAACCCCCUCCGCGUCGGCUUCAACCCUUACAGCAUGAGCCAAAACGUUCAGCUCUAAGGUCGACCCGGACCGCCUCACCACCAAAACCCGCACCAACCUUUAGACGCCCCCAACGCCCACCACCACCUAUACAACUCCUCCUACUCAUGCACUCUCGCCAACCCUCAAGCCUCCCCCCUGCAAAUGUGCUAUACCCACAAGGCCUGUGCUCUCUUGUUUCGACUUUCUGUGACCACGAUUCUUGCAACGACGCUCUUGAUUCAAAAGUGAUCAAUGCGACAAAGCUCGCCGUUUUCUCUUGCCAAUGACACCUUUCCAGGUGCUCUUCGGCUCGUUGGUUCUGCCUCGUUGGCUCGAGCGCGCUUGUCGUGCCUCGCCGACCAGACCUCUUUUAAGUAUUUUCCUUACCAUUUUUUAGCACGAGGUUUGGGUAGUCACCACGGGCUGUGCAUGUGUAGCGAUAAUUCUUGUAGCCUGUAGUAUGCAGCCCUGACGCGAAACA